AUGACCAUCGCACAAACCUACAAACAAGCCGUCUUCAAAUCCGCCGGCGCCCCGAUGGUCAUUGAGGAAACACCUCUGACCCCGCCCGGUCCCCAUCAGAUUCUCGUGAAGGUGGAAGCAUGCGGUGUGUGCUUCUCGGAUGUGUUUGCGCAGAAUAACGUUAUGGGUGGGGGUUUUCCCAUCGUCCCUGGUCACGAGAUUAUCGGCCGUGUAGCCGCCGUUGGAGACAACGUCCCGGGUUGGAAAGUCGGGGAUCGUAUUGGAGGCGGCUGGCACGGAGGACAUGAUGGAACGUGCAAAGCUUGCCGCAAAGGCUGGUACCAAAUGUGCAGCUCGCAGGUCGUCAACGGCGAGACCAAGAAUGGCGGCUUCGCAGAAUACUGCCUCCUCAAUCCUGAAGCAGCCGUCCGCAUUCCCUCCCACGUCCCAGCAGCAAAGUAUGCCCCCAUCCUCUGCGCCGGCGUCUCCGUCUUCAACUCUAUCCGGCACAUGAACGUCCCUGUCGGCGAGACCGUUGCCAUCCAAGGUGUCGGCGGCCUGGGCCACCUCGCCAUCCAGUACGCCAAUAAAAUGGGGUACCGGGUGGUUGCGAUCUCGCGAGACGCAACAAAGGAGAAGUUUGUGAGGGAGUUGGGCGCGCACGAGUAUAUCGAUUCGAGUAAGGAGGAUGCGGAGGUCGCGCUGCAGAAGCUGGGCGGGGUGUCGCUGGUCGUUUCGACAGCGCCGACGGCUGAGGUGAUCAGUCCGUUGUUGAAGGGGCUGGGGAUCUUGGGGAAGUUGUUGAUUUUGUCUGUGCCGGGUGAGCUCCCCAUUGAUACGGCCACCAUGGUAAGUGAUCCUCAACGAUUCCCAGGGCAAGUACUCACCCGAGCCCAGCUUAAAUACGGCCUCUCGGUGCAGGUCUGGCCCUCUGGCCAUGCCACCGACUCAGAAGACGCGAUUGCAUUCACUGAGCUGCACAAUAUCAACUGUAUGGUCGAGGAGUUUCCUUUAGAAAAGGCGAACGAGGCAUAUGGUGAGCUUUCCUGUCCUAACCAUCCCAAUACUGGUAUUAAUCCCGAAUCGUCUACAGAGGCAAUGUUGAAGGGAACAGUCCGGUUCCGUGCUGUCAUCACCAUGGAGUAA